CCUGACGUAGCAAUUGCUGCUUGAAAAUUACUCGGUAUGUAAAUUGGUGGGUGACCUACAAGGACAAACAACAUGAUUAUCGCCAUGUAUGGUAAAAAAUUGGAUUGGCUGUUGGACGCGAUUGGUGUGAGCAGACGGGGUAUAUAAUGCCCAGGGGGAGGAGGGUACACUCCCAGAAAUUUCCCCCGCCUCCCGCUAGUACACGAUGAUUGGCAAACGCAACGCCUCCAACGCUGAAAACAUCCCCGUCCGCCGUGCCUCGUCUACAGGCAAACACGUAGCAGCGGCCAAGUCCCUACCAGCCCCCCUCCACAAGCGAAAACGCGCUGUGGCCAAACCGGGGCAAGUAGUCUUCGAUGUUAAAACCUACCGCGCAUCCAAAGAGGCCCUCAUCACCGUCCAGCUCGCGUCUAGGCUCGGGAAGCCGGCGCAAGUCGCUCUUCCUGAAGCGCCCACCCUCUUUGCGCGGGACAAGCUCGUCUCGGAUUAUGGCGUGCGCCUGUUCUACACGCUCUCCCUCCUCGCACCGAGCACCCCACCCAAAGACACUCCUAUCCCCCCAACCUACCCCGUCUCCCUGCCUGCCAACGCGCCCGCAGAAGGCCCCUCCUACUUUCUCGGUGUCUUCGCUCCCAACUCCACUAAAGUGACCCUCCACCCCGCGCACCACGAAGUCCUCGCUGUGCACUGCCCACGCUUGCCUGGUACCAUCCAGUCCUCCCCCGCAGGUCCCGAGAUCCCCGUUCACCCUCUCUGCCUGCCAGACCCCCAGUCCUACGCGCUCCUCAGCCAGUACCUCUACACUCACCGACAAGACCUCCUCCUCGCGUCCCUCCUCCCACCCAGCUCACUCCCUUCCAACCCUUUCCCCACCACCGCACACCUAUCUGACUCUCCGAAACUCUCCGGGUCCGAGGUCCACGCCCAGCUCCUCGCGCUCGCAGAGUCCCUCGCGAAAGAUUAUACGCAGCAUAAGCUCCUUGGCGGGUUGUCGACUGUCCAUGGCUUGUGGAAGAAUAUCGUCGCUUUGGGUGUUGAUGAUGAGGGCUUGUGGGAAGUGAUCCAUGUUGCGUGGGGUGUCUAUUUGACAGCGGCGGGAUGGACGGAUGGCCGGCUUCAUCUUAGGAAGGGCGAGUUGAUCCCCGGUUAUAAUCAGUGAUUUCUAUGCCUCCAUGCUCUCGAUGAUUUUUUUUCCUUUGUCGUUUUGUAGUUUUCCAUUCGCUCUCCACACGCCAUCCAUCGCAUAUGUUGUACAACCACUCGCAUUUACUUAUUACUACUUAUGAUAUAUGGAUAGAAGAAUAUGACAACACUUGUACUACAUC